CUAUGGGUGAAAAGUUGAACUAUUUGAUAUGCAUUUUUCUAGACACUUACCAAAGGUCAUUGAAACAAUGAACUUAGGCUUCUUUUAAAUUGAAUGUUUGUCAAAAGGAAAAGUACAACACGAAAGAAUAGAAAAUGAGUUAUUGUUUAUUUAUCUUCGAGUGUCAGCCUUUGAAGACGUGAACAGAAAGCAUAAGUUUUACGUAAGCCUAACUAAAAUAGAUAUUCUUAUUACACAAGCACAUAUAGAAAGAUAAUUAAUACUAUGUUCAGCCGAGCAAUGAAGAAUGACAGCUCAAAUUUACCAUUUACUAAAAUACAAAGGAAUAUUCUUGUCGAUAAUCUAAAUAUUCAAUACUUGGUAGUCAAAAGUACUGAUUCAGCAUCUGAUUUCAUGAGCAUUACUUUUAUUCAAAGUACUACAAUAUUCUCUGCACUGCACUUCAAU